CCUGUCCCUCGCCUCCCAGGUUUGCUAUUUGAACCUCUUUCAUCGCCCCUCGACAAAGGGUUUCAGGAGACCUUUUCAGUCCACAACUGCACUUCGUCGCACCCUUUCGUUGUGCGACGAGACUGAACUUCCAUCGACCCAAUUGACCAUCGCGCCCACUAUGGAAGCCAUCAAGCAGACUUUCCAGCGCUGCAAGGCGCAGAACCGAGCCGCGUUGGUUACAUAUGUCACGGCUGGUUUCCCCACGGCCGAGCUCACCCCAAAUGUGCUCCUUUCCAUGGAGAAGGGCGGGGCCGACAUCAUUGAGCUUGGUGUGCCCUUCACUGACCCCAUUGCCGACGGCCCAACCAUUCAGACUGCCAACACCGUUGCCCUUCAAAAUGGCGUCACGAUUGGGUCGACCCUGCAGAUGGUCCGCGAUGCGCGCAAGCUCGGCCUGCGCGCUCCCAUCCUGCUGAUGGGCUACUACAACCCCCUGCUGAGCUACGGAGAGGAGCGCCUUAUGAAGGACUGCAUCGAAGCCGGCGUUAAUGGGUUCAUUGUUGUUGAUUUGCCGCCUGAGGAGGCUAUGUCCUUCCGCAAGUUCUGCUCUCGUGGCGGUCUUUCCUACGUGCCUUUGAUUGCUCCGGCGACCUCGGACGCUCGAAUGCGCCUCCUCUGCCAGCUGGCCGACUCGUUCAUCUACGUGGUCUCCCGCCAGGGCGUGACGGGCGCCCUUGGCACGCUCAACGCCAAUCUUCCCGAACUCUUGGCCCGCGUCAAGAAGUACAGCGGCGACAAGCCUGCGGCGGUUGGCUUUGGGGUUAGCACCCGCGACCACUUUGUCUCGGUAGCCCACAUUGCCGACGGUGUCGUGGUUGGCUCUAUGAUUGUCACCACGCUCCAGACGGCCAACAAGGGCGAGGAGUGCAAGGCAGUCCGGGAGUUCUGCUCCUACCUUUGUGGUCGCACCACCUCAGCCGAAGAGGAGGCCACCCGUGAAGUCGGCAUUGUCGAGGCUGUCUCCGCGGCCAAGGAACCCAACGGCACUGUCCACGUGGAUGGCGUCGUCAGGGAUACCGAUGAUGAUCUUGUCGCCCAGUUGUCGGCCAUGCAUAGCAAGAUCACGGACCGCUUCGGCGAGUUUGGCGGUCAGUACGUGCCCGAGUCGCUGAUGGAUUGCCUGUCGGAGCUCGAGGAGGGCUUCAACAAGAUCAAGGACGACCCUGCCUUCUGGGAGGAGUACCGCUCUUACUACCCCUGGAUGGGCCGCCCCGGCCAUCUGCACAAGGCAGAGCGGCUGACCGAGUAUGCCGGUGGUGCCAAUAUCUGGCUGAAGCGCGAGGAUCUCAACCACACGGGAUCCCACAAGAUAAACAAUGCCCUGGGCCAGCUUCUCCUCGCCCGCCGUCUCGGCAAGACCAAGAUCAUCGCCGAGACGGGUGCCGGCCAGCACGGUGUCGCCACAGCCACCGUGUGCGCUAAGUUUGGCAUGGAGUGCACCGUUUACAUGGGCGCCGAAGAUGUCCGGCGUCAGGCCCUCAACGUCUUCCGCAUGAAGCUCCUCGGUGCCAAGGUUGUCGCUGUCGAGGCCGGCAGCCGCACUCUCCGCGACGCCGUCAACGAAGCUCUCCGCGCCUGGGUUGUCAACCUCGAGGACACCCACUACAUCAUUGGUUCGGCCAUUGGCCCGCACCCGUUCCCUACCAUUGUCCGCACCUUCCAGUCGGUCAUUGGUAACGAGACGAAGGCGCAGAUGCUCGAGAAGCGUGGCAAGCUCCCGGAUGCUGUGGUGGCGUGCGUUGGCGGCGGUAGUAACGCCGUCGGCAUGUUCUAUCCCUUCAGCAACGAGCCGAGCGUCAAGCUUCUCGGGGUAGAGGCCGGUGGCGACGGCAUCGAGACGUCCCGCCACAGCGCGACGCUCACGGGUGGUACCAAGGGCGUGCUCCACGGUGUACGCACGUACAUCCUGCAGGACGAGCACGGCCAGAUCAACGAUACGCACUCCGUCUCGGCGGGCCUCGACUACCCCGGCGUGGGCCCGGAACUGGCCCACUGGAAGGACAUGGAGCGCGCUUCGUUCAUCGCUGCCACCGACGCUCAGGCCUUUGUGGGCUUCCGGCUCAUGAGCCAGCUCGAGGGCAUCAUUCCCGCCCUCGAGUCUUCGCACGGCAUCUACGGUGCCAUUGAGCUGGCCAAGACCAUGGACAAGGACCAGGAUGUGGUCAUCUGCCUGAGCGGUCGCGGUGACAAGGAUGUGCAGAGCGUUGCUGACGAGCUGCCCAAGCUGGGGCCUCAGAUCGGCUGGGACCUACGCUUCUGAGCAGUUGUCAUGGGAUGUGAGGGCAAUCUGGUGUCUGUUGAUUUGUCUUGAGCACGCCUAUGACCCUCAUGCCUAGCCAGGCGAUGUCACGGUAGCAUAGACUCUUCAUAGAGGUUUGAUAGAUUACAGUAUUUCUAGUGCGUUGCUGUCGAACGGUGCCACGCCGAGAGUAUGACUAUGCACGGGAAUGCUGCGAGAGUUUUCACACAUC